AAAUCUACUUGUGUUUAUUGUAGUAAAAAUGCUAAAACCUGCAAAAACAACUAUGUUCGACAGAACUAACAACUUUUACAAAAACAAAAAGCUUAUUGAUUGACAUAUUUACCGCAAGCUAGCAUAACCUAGUGCUAGUUAUUGAACAGCUGCUGAUAACAGAAAUAUUUACUUAUUUUUAUUCGUAACGAUUUACUUAAUCCUGAGUUAACGCACAAAUUAGACGAUGACAUCCUUAUUAGGUAGAUGUCGUACAACACUUGUAGCACCCCUGCUUAGAACACAAGUCAUUAAAGGAACAUAUCCCAACUACUCGGCUUCUAGAAUAAGUGAAAAUCUAAAGUCUGAUUAUGAAAUAGACGAGAAUUUGUUAUUGUCUGAGGAAAAUCGUCAAAGAUGUUUGGAGAAAAUGGGUAAGGCUCCUCCAGUGGGAAUAAAGCUACGUGGAGCUAAGAGUGAAACUAAAUUUGCAGCUGUAUUAAUAGCUUUAUGUACGGACGAAGAAACGCAAAAUGUAUCUCUUUUAUAUACAAGACGUUCUCACUUGCUAAGUAGACACAUGAGACAAAUAUCCUUUCCGGGAGGCAUAAAAGAAGACAAUGAAGAUUUUGUACAAUGUGCUUUGAGGGAAACCGAAGAGGAAAUCGGUAUACUACCGAGUCGUGUUGAAAUCUGGGGUUCAGGUAAUUUAAUAACACCUCCUCAUACGGCAGCUAUUAUGCCAGUUGUGGGCGUAAUUAGAAAUUUCAGAGAAAGUGAACUCAAGUUAAAUUAUGAUGAAGUUGAGGAAGCUUUUGCGAUACCUAUUAAAAGAUUAGCUAGUCCUCAAACCUUGCGUUAUACUCAAUUCAAGAGUGGUUAUUCAUCGCCCGCAUUUGUUGUCGAUGAUAAACGUAUCUGGGGUGUUACGGGUUUUAUAACGAAUAUUUUUCUUAAUUGUUUUUUGCCGCCCGAAUUUAAUAAGCUAAAAAAUCGUAUUAAAUUUAUUAGAUCAUUUAAGAGUAAAUCUAAAGCUACCUCAUAAAGUGUUAACUCAAUAAUGAUGUUUAAUUUAUGUUUUGUGUAAAUGUUUUCUUAUGUGCAAUGUGAAUAAAAUUUAAAUGAUAUUAAAUUAAAAUUUA